AUCCAAGGACCGACAGAGUCUAAGAGAAAGAAUUCGACGAUUCGUUUUGUUUUUUGCGCAGUCAGAAUAUGAAGAAAAUAGCAAUAAACUGAUGAAAUGGAAGCACGCUCUGUUCUCUGUAGCAUUGCAAUCCCACCCUUUUCUCCAAAUACAGUUGAGAAUGUAAACUGUCACAGUUUUCCCUACUGCCCAUUUAUCUCUGCUUCUAAACCAACUUUGAAUCUCCAACUUUCUUCGUUAAGAGUGAAUUGUUAUUAUAAUGGGAGGACUUAUGGAGAUGAUGAACCUCUCACCACUUCUUUGGCCUAUGAAUUGCUUGGUGUAGCCCCCGAUUGCUCAUCUGCACGGCUCAAGGCUGCCUUUCGAGCCAAAGUUAAGCAGUUUCAUCCAGAUGUGAUGAAAGGUGGGGAAGAUUCGGAUAUAAUGAUUCGGCGUGUAAUUCAAGCCUAUGAGAUUCUAUCCGACUCCAGCAAAUCAGAAAUUAUUGAAAGGGAAUGUCUGGAUCCAUUCAAUCAACCAGAAUGUGAAGCAUUUGAUAUUUUUGUCAAUGAGGUUCUUUGUAUGGGCGAAGGCUGUCCAUAUUCGUGUGUGAAUAGAGCACCCCACGCUUUCACAUUUUCUUCAUCAACAGGAACUGCACGUGCGACUUCUCAAGGGCGUGGUGAAGACUAUCAAAUUCAGAUUGCAACUGGUCAGUGUCCAAGAAAUUGUAUUCAUUAUGUUACACCAUCUCAGAGAAUUAUUCUGGAAGAGCUUCUUGACAGCAUCAUGGAAAAGCCAUAUGAUACUUCAGCCGAGGCUGACUUGCUUUAUUCUCUCAUUGUCAAAGCAAAAUACGAGAAUAAUCGGUAUCAAAAGCCUUAAAAGCAGUCCAAGCUCUUGUGUUGAUAUGGUUUUAAAUGUCCCAUCGGUCGAAGAAAUGAAUGCCUAUCAUUCUCAGAUGCCAAUGCGUAUGAUGUACAGCCGGAAAUAGUGGGAAUAUACGGCUCCAGGGUAUUGCAGAAGGCACAAUUAAGGUUUUGCUUUUAGUAUUAUAUAUAAAUAUAUGUUGUAUUAGAGAUGAACAUUUUUGUAACUAUUGUUAAUUAUUCUUUUAUUUAAUACUUUACAUAUAUGAAUAGGAAAACAUAGUAUGUUCAGUGAUUCAAGAUGCAAAAACAUAUUUCAAGUAGGUGCAAGUUGUAUGAAAAACGGACGGAGGGCAAGAAAAUUGGUACAUUGAUUGGUCUUCGUUCUGUUGAGAGAUGGGUGAACCACCCAAUAGUAACACAUUUGUUCGUUCCA